AUGUCUGCCGGAAAGGGAUCUGUCAACGUCGGAAUCAACGGAUUCGGUCGUAUCGGCCGCAUCGUCCUCCGCAACGCCAUUGAGCACGGCGAUGCUCGCGUCGUUGCCAUCAACGACCCCUUCAUCGACCUUGAGUACAUGGUCUACAUGUUCAAGUACGACUCGACCCACGGCCGCUUCAAGGGCACCAUCGAGGCCAAGGACGGCAAGCUCGUCGUUGACGGCCACGCCAUCGACGUCUACAACGAGAAGGACCCCGCCUCGAUCCCCUGGUCCAAGUCGGGCGCCGACUACGUCGUCGAGUCGACCGGUGUCUUCACCACCAAGGAGAAGGCCGGCCUUCACUUGAAGGGCGGUGCCAAGAAGGUCGUCAUCUCGGCGCCUUCCGCUGACGCCCCCAUGUACGUCUGCGGUGUUAACCUCGACAAGUACAACCCCGCCGACUCGGUCAUCUCGAACGCCUCGUGCACCACCAACUGCCUUGCGCCCCUCGCCAAGGUCAUCAACGACAAGUUCGGCAUCGUCGAGGGUCUCAUGACCACUGUCCACGCCACGACCGCGACGCAGAAGACCGUCGACGGCCCCUCGGCCAAGGACUGGCGCGGUGGCCGCGCUGCGGCUGCCAACAUCAUCCCCUCGUCGACCGGUGCCGCCAAGGCCGUCGGCAAGGUCAUCCCCGAGCUCAACGGCAAGCUCACCGGCAUGGCCUUCCGCGUCCCCACCACCGACGUCUCGGUUGUCGACCUCACCGUCCGCCUCGAGAAGGGCGCUUCGUACGACCAGAUCAAGCAGACCAUCCGCGAGGCCGCCAACGGUGAGCUCAAGGGCAUCCUCGAGUACACCGAGGACGCGCUCGUCUCGACCGACUUUGUCGGCCACACCGCCUCGUCCAUCUUUGACGCGUCGGCCGGUAUCGCCCUCAACGACAACUUUGUCAAGCUCGUGUCGUGGUACGACAACGAGUACGGGUACAGCAGGCGUGUCGUGGACUUGCUCGUCUUCGUAGCAAAGCAGGACGCCGCCGGUGGCAAGCUCUAA